AGGUCCAAAACCCUUCCGUUGGCGGCGACCCCUUUCCCAAUUGAAGAGUCGUUGUCUCCCCCAUCUCCUCGUUCUUUCUCAGUCCCUCUUCUCUCACAGGUUCUGUUGAGCUUGGAACAAUGCUGCGCAGAAAUAUCCGCUUGAGGAGAGAGUAUCUAUAUAGAAAGAGUUUGGAAGGAAAAGAGCGUUUGCUUUAUGAGAAGAAGCGCAAGAUAAGAGAAGCUCUUCAAGAAGGGAAACCAAUCCCCACUGAGCUUAGAAACGAGGAGGCGGCCCUUCGCCGAGAGAUUGACCUCGAGGACGAAAAUACAGCUGUUCCAAGAACUCACAUUGAUGAUGAGUACGCAAGGGCUACGGAAAAAGAUCCAAAAAUUUUGCUAACCACAUCUAGGAAUCCAAGUGCUCCUCUUACACAGUUUGUAAAGGAAUUGAGUAUUGUCUUCCCAAAUGCACAAAGAAUGAAUCGAGGUGGUCAGGUUAUCUCUGAGAUUAUAGAGACAUGCCGUGCACAUGACUUCACAGAUGUUGUCUUGGCCCAUGAACAUCGUGGUGUGCCAGAUGGUUUAAUUAUUAGCCACCUACCAUUUGGUCCAACUGCAUAUUUUGGACUACUCAAUGUGGUCACAAGGCACGACAUUAAAGAUAAGAAAGCUGUUGGCACCAUACCUGAGGCCUAUCCACAUUUGAUUCUUGAUAACUUCUCAACUAAGCUAGGGCAAAGGACAGCAAACAUUCUGAAGCAUCUUUUUCCAGUGCCAAAGCCAGAUACGAAGCGCAUUAUUACUUUUUCCAAUCAAUCUGAUUAUAUCUCUUUCAGGCAUCAUAUAUAUGAAAAGCAUGGGGGGCCUAAAUCUGUUGACUUGAAGGAGAUUGGACCUCGAUUUGAGUUGCGGCUUUAUCAGAUAAAGUUGGGAACAGUUGAUCAGGAUACAGCUCAAACAGAAUGGGUCAUUAGACCUUACAUGAACACAACUAAAAAGCGAAAGUUUCUUGGCGAUUGAUAAAUUUUUGGG